GCCUCGAAGCUGAAGUGUGAUAGGAAAGUGCCAUGUAUCGAGUGUAUCAAACGCAACAUUGGCCAUCUGUGCCGCAAAGAUGAGCGAAAUCCAAGAGCAAAGCCCUCAAAGAACGGCAGCAAGCCAAAGGCCGCAGCUGAGAGAGCACCUGAUGUCGAGGAGGCGGCUCGAACUCUCGAUAAUUUUAUAGAUGACACUGUUCAUGCAUACUUCUCUCGCCCAUCCGGAGCAGGGCCUGGAACAAAACCAGGUGUUUCUCCUGACUACCCUAAUAUGUACUGGGAGAGCAAGGACCGUCCAUUUAAGGACCCCGCAAGAGAGGCCCUAGUACAAGAAGUCGUCACAGUGCUUCCAGAACCCGAACUAAUACGCCAGCUCUAUGGUGUCUUCGCUACGCGUUGUCAAGCGCCUCUCGGGAAUGUCUUUCACACGCCGACGUUCCUCCAAGCUGCCGAGACCUUGUAUCUUGAAUCGGAAACAUUGGCGGAUAAAGCUCGUCAUCUUUCAAGCACUUUCACAAUGGAAGAAAUCUCGUGUUUCUUGCUAGCGUUAAUGCUUGGGCUAGACUUUCACCCCACACCGAACAUGAUCGGCGGGUCUCCCACGCCGUUGAACUUCAGAGUAGAAGAACUUCGAUCUUCGGGCAUUCGCAAGACAUGGAGAUCACUCGCCCUGCGCUGCCUCCAAGGACGCAUGGCGUUAUUUUGUGGUUCUAUCGCAAGCUUGCAGGCUGCAGUCAUGCUUCUCCUGGAUAGCAAAGACAGGCCGCUGGAACUCGACGCCCUUUUGGGCACAGCAAUAUCAGGAGCUCGAAAAUUGGGACUGCAUAAUCUAGGAGACGCAAAGGUGUACAUGCCCGACCCGGCGAGCUCAUUUAGCGAUUCCAGAACGAAUGCUACUUCGCACGUGAGAACUGAAGUUGGGAUUCGGAUUUGGUGGGCGCUGGUCGUCCGAGACUGGUCUCGAGGGCAUUCAUUGGGAUACUAUAGUAUCCAUCCAUCUCAUUUCAACACUCGGGUGCCAUUGCAUAUUAAUGACGAUGACAUGAACAUCCCAUGGCAGAUCGAGAGGCCUCCGGUCACUGAAAGACCGCGUCCUGAAUUUACAAUGCUCUCGUACACAAGAUAUGCGAUUGACAUCGCUAUCUUAGCCCGCGAAUCAAUCGACGCCCAAAAUGCCUCAAUGCGAGAACCGCAAGCCACCGGUACGCAAAAGAAACUAAGCAAAAAGCACGAAAAGUUCUUACAUGACCUCCCUGCACACUUCAAGCCAGAGAAUACCCUCGGCCUGGGGUCUGCGGGCCUCCUUGCUGCGGUUCCAGUGCACAAGUGGAUGCUGCAUCAGCAGCUAUGGAGCCUGUUUUUGCGCCUUCAUCGAGGCAAUCUCUCUUCUGAUAGUCGAGCCGCUUGUCGUCUCGUGGCGCAAAAUAUCAUCACCACAUAUGCACAGAUGCGACAGAGGUGCACUGUCUGUGGCUCGCUUUCUCUUGGGACGAAACAAUUGUUCAACGCUGCUGCGCUUCUUCUCCUCGACAUGCUCUUCGCAGUCCAUUCGAAUACAUCGCAGAGCGCCGAGGUGAGCCUGGGUGAGGUCGUGGUCAAAGAUAAAAUCAAAGAAGCUGUCGGGCUUUUGAAAAUGCAUUGCAGUGAGCCAGGCGAUACAAUUGGAUUGCAAAGAGCCCGGUCUCACAAUGAACGAUGCGCUCUCGUAUUAGAAGCAUUGCUGGAUCUGGAAAAAGACGCUGAGAUCUAUGGAAGUAAUUCUGAAAAUAGAUCGAGCCAACUGCUUUCCCGCAUCAAAAGAAAAGUCGCAGAAGUGUGCUCUGAUGUCUCUACAGGAGACACAACAGCAGGGUCUUCCGAAUCUCCUACCCUGUCCAAUUCGAACAUCACAUCGAGCUUGCUCAACAUAGAUAACAACUCGUGGGAAGAGUUGGAUGUUCUUCCCAUAGCCUCGAAUGAUUCAGACUGGGAUUUUUGGCAGUUCAUGAACUUUGAUUUCGAUGAUACACCUGACGCCUGUCUUCAGGACUUCGGACCCCUACUGUGA